CCUGAUUAAUACUGAAGUUUAUGGAUAAACUAAGGUCGGUGUUGAGUGGUAACGACGGGAACGAUGACGGUUCAUCUAAUAUACUGCAGGCAGUGGAUGAAGCCUCCACGCUGGGAUGGGGAACACGAGUGAAAGGAUUCGUCGCCUGUUUGGUUAUUGGAGUUUUGUGCUCCGUUCUGGGGGUUUGCUGUCUGUUCUUCCCCAGGUUAGGUGUGCUUCUGUUUAUUGUGUUUUACACAUUCGGGAACAUUUGCUCCUUAGCCAGCACCAUGUUUCUGAUGGGACCAAUGAAGCAGCUCAAAAGGAUGUUUGAUAAAACUAGAGCAUUAGCUACAAUUAUGAUGACUGCAUGUUUAGUGCUGACACUGUGUGCAGCAUUUUGGUGGAAGAUCUUUGGGCUGGCGUUGCUGUUUGUUAUUUUGCAAUCUCUUGCGUUUACGUGGUAUGGACUUUCGUACAUUCCAUUUGCAAGAGAUGCCAUACUGAAGUUCUUUUCCAUGACGUGCUCCAUGUGUAUAAAAUGA